CCAUCGUUGAGCUUCCUGCCCCCUCCAGCACACUGUCAAUGACCCCUUGCGUUUUAAACAGACCGCGCACUUUUGUUUGGCCUUUAGACAACGUGCAGGCCAUCUCUCCAGGUUGUGGAAACAUUACUCAAGGAACAGAAUGGCAAAUCAGGAAGAAACCUGGGAACAACUGGAUUCAGAAUUUGACCACUACUUAGUUGACAUGAAACCAUAUGUUCUGAAACUGUUACAUAAGUCAGAACGCCAGAGAUGUGCCUUGUGGAUCAAGAAAUUAUGUGAUCCAUCUGGAGCUGGAGCAGGAGUAAUGGGACGCAAAAACCGAAACAUGUAUGCUAAGCUUUUACUUCACAUGCUGAGACGGGGAGUGCUCGAAGGUCCUUUCACCCACAGACCAGAACCUGGAUCACUUAAAACGCUGCCUUCUUACAUGUCAAUAUACUUUGAUGAGCCCAGCUUUUCAAAACCACUUGAUCAUGGAACUGAAGGAUUACCAGACUGGGUAACAGGAGAGCUGGGUUCAGGGGAUUCAAAAUCCAGUGGCUCCUGGAGAAGUGGCUCUAAAGAUAAUGAAUCUUCUGACUUUCCACGUGUUGUUCACAGGCGAAGACACACAUACAAUGGCAAGGUGGUUUCUGAACUCAAAGCUGUUACAUCUUCUGAUGAGAGUGACUUUGAAGCAACAUUAAAUAGCUGGAAUCUUGGGAUUGUAAACCCCAGAUAUCUUAGAGAGCAACCAAUACCUCUGUCUCCGAUUUUGCCUAAAGCAAACCUCGGAAAUGUUAGCACAUCCUGCAAUGAACAGACUCUGAUUCAAAUGCAUGAAAAAGAGAUAGAAAUGAAGACAAAGAUGCUGGAAGCAAAAUUCCAUGAGGAGAAGCUCAAACUACAGCAGAAGCAUGAUAUGGAUGUUCAAAAGAUUUUGGAUCGGAAAAAUAAUGAGAUUGAGGAGCUAAAGACACUGUAUAGAAACAAGCAAAAGGAAGCAGAAGAGGUGAAUAAGAAGCUGGAAAAGAGAGUUCAGAGUCUGGUUCGUGAAUUGCAGAUUAUUCGAGAAAGUAAAGAGAAGCAAAUUGUUGAGUUGCAGAAGAUGACUGAACAGAGUGCUGAUUCUUUAAAAAAUGAUUGGGAGAGAAAGUUACACAAUAUUGUAGCAGAACUGGAGCAAGAGAAAUUUGAACUGCAGAAGAAACACACAGAGAACAUUCAGGAAAUCCUCAAUGACACCAACUCACGCCUUAGCAAAAUGGAGACAGAAUAUGCCACUCAGACUAAGACCACUAACCAAAUGGUGAAAGAACUGGAGGCUCGUGUACAACAGUUGACCAUCGAGGCCGAGAAUAGCACUUUGGUGCGACAGAAACUAACCCAAGAGAAAGAAGAGCUAGAACAGCGCUGCCAGAUAAUAUGCUUGGAGCUGCAAGAGGUAAAAUUAAAAGAGGUAGUGAGAGAUUUGGACAACCUCAAGCAGGCAUCUCAAAGUACUCGAGAACAGACCUCCGCUCCACCUUGCAUCUCUCGACAAAUGGAGGCCCCGACACCGGAGGCCUCCAAUCUAAUUGAAGAACUGGAACAGAACGUUUUCCAACUGAAGAAGGAACUGCAGGAAAGUGAACAUCAAAAACAGCAACAGCUGAGGAAUCAAGUGGGAAAGUCUGAACAAGAAAGGCUGCAUUUGGAACAUCUUUAUGAAAAGAAGAUUCAAACUUUACAGACUGAGAAAGACCAGGAGAAAACAGGUGCAAUGAAACAAAUUCGGAAUUUGGAAGAAGCCUUUCGACAGCAUCGACAAGGGAUACCAGUGCGGACUCAAGUGAGCCCAGAAUGGAUCUUGUGGCAGCAGCAAGUGGACCCAGCCAGGACGCAAGUGAGCAGAGGAUCUGGCAUUAGAACCAUUGGCUGCUACAUCAGCAGAGAAAAAGCCUGCAAAGUAGGCCCAGCGGAUUCAGGUGUCAUUGGCUGCAUCAGCAUUUAUCUCCCAUUCCUAAUUCCCCUACAGAAGGUGAUGGUGAGCUGCUGUUAUUUGCUGCUAGUUCCAGAAAUUCGACCCAGCAACAGUGAAGGAGUUCCAAAAAGUUCCAACUCAGAGUUCGAAAAAGAAGACCAACUGACAAGGGUGACUGAGAUGCAGAAACUCCAAGCCCAGAAAGCAGAUGCUGCUUUGGAAGAAUUCAAGAGACAGGUGGAGCUAAAUUCUGAGAAGGUCUAUUCUGAAAUGAAACAGCAGAUGGAGAAGGUUGAGGCAGAUCUAAGUAGAUCAAAAUCUGUCCGAGAGAAACAAUCAAAAGAAUUCUCUUGGCAGUUGGAGGAACUCAAACAGCGAUAUGAACAACAGAUAGUAGAAUUGAAGCUGGAGCAUGAGCAGGAGAAGACGCACCUAUUCCAGCAGCACAACGCGGAAAAAGACAGCCUGGUCCGAGAGCACGAACGCGAGAUUGAUAACUUGGAAAAACAGCUGCGUGCCGCCAUAGUGGAGCAUGAAAACCAGACUCAGGAAUGGAGGAAGCGAGACUCGCAGACAAUUGCAGAGUUGGAAAGCCAGGUCCACCAGCUACGUGAAGAACUUAUCCAGGUCAACUCUCAGAGAAAACAACAGCUAGUUGAGUUGGGACUACUACGUGAGGAGGAAAAGCAGAGAGCUUUGCAUGAUCACGAAACUACUGUCAACAAACUGAAAGCUGAAAUGGAAAGGAUGAAACUGGAGAUUCAGAAGACAAAUGCUGCUGAAAUGGAACAUGUUGUGGAAAGGACCAGCAACAAGUUGAAGCAGAUUGAGAAAGAAUACAGCCAGAGGCUUUUAAAAUCUUCACAGACUGUAGCUGAACUUCAGACUACUAUUACAUCCUUAAGGGAAGAGAACAGCCGACAGCAGCUGGCUGCAGAGAGACAGCUCCAAGAAACUGUGGGAAGAUGUGCAGAUGAGAAGAGGCUGUUGAUUAGAGAUAAUGAUAGAAGUAUCAAGACUCUGGAAAAUGAAGCAGAAAACUAUCGCAACCAAAUCCAAAUAUUAGAAAAUGAGAUAGAAAACAAAGAGCUGAAGACUCAAGAACAGAUCACUCACAUCCAGCAAGAAUAUGAAAUGAAAAUCAAAGGUCUGAUGCCUGCUACAGUGCGACAUGAACUUGAAGAUACCAUUAGUUCCCUGAAGUCUCAGGUGACUUUCCUUCAAAAGAGGGCAUCUGUUCUUCAGGAAGAGCUAAACACCUAUCGUAAUAGAAGAUGACGAACCAUUGGGAUGAUUUCCUUACCUCACUCAUACCUUCAGUAUAACUCUCAUGGAACAGAAUUGGAUUCCAACAGAAUCAA